UUGGUUUCGUUCGAGUGUCGCACUCGAUAGAGGCACGAACGAACGUCCGACCAUUAUCGUCGCACGGCCACCAUGACGACACCGCUCGCAGCCAGCGAAGCCAUAGUGUUUGAUGAGUCGUCGGACAGCGCUACGACGAGUCGUUCGACCUCAAUCGACAACAGCGCUCAUCCAGCGGUUGAGAGCAGUCUGAGGCAGAAGCCCCGUCGCAAGGCGUCGAUUGUCGGCUAUGGCCCCUGGACACCCGAAGAGCACGAGCGAUUCCUCCUCGGCAUUCAACUCCAUCCCGAGGGACCGUGGAAGGCUGUCGCCGACGUCGUCCAAACCCGCAGCGCCAAACAAGCGCAGACGCAUAUGCAGAAGUGCAAAGAGAAGAUCCUUCGCCACCAUCGGCGCCGCGACGAAGCCCUACGAGACGUGAUUGAGGAGACUGCAGACGACGUGAUCCGACUCACGGCUGCGACAGCAGCCGCUGCGGUUCCUCCCAUUGUCUUGCAACGGUCCAAGCACGCUGACAACCUGCGUCUUCGCGUUCUCGAGCCCAUUCCGUUUGAAACGCCUCUCGAGAUGGUGCAGAGCGCGCUACCAGGAAAGCCCCGCAGUAUAUCGUGGCCAGACGCUGUCGACUACUUUUGGUCGCUCGUGACCGCAAGCGAGCUGCAGUGACUGAAGCUAUUCAUAUCAAUCCAAACAUAAGGUUUCUCAAAGUCAAUAAUCUAACGUUAAAACAACGAUUUCUAC